UGCUGUAUAAAAUAUUCUGCCUGGCUGUAACAAACUGCCAGUGUAGCGGAAGUAUUUUCUGAAUCGACCGUACUUGAUUGAUUUCAGAAUCAUGUUCCACUAUUUGAUUUUCAUAUCAUCGUUCAUUGUGAUUGCAGUUGCAGCUCCAACUUCCAACAGUUCAGACUCAGUAUGGGCCGAAUACAAACUGCCAAAGCCGGGUGUAUGUGGAGUGAGCUUUUCGGACCGGAUCAGAGGUGGAGAAAAAACUGCUCUCAAUGCGUUUCCCUGGGCUGCCGUCCUGGGGGUCAAGUACAGAAAUCGCGAGCCUAACUUCAUGUGCGGUGGAUCGCUGAUUUCGGAUCGGUUCGUUCUGACGGCGGGUCACUGUAUGCGGCGUUUCUUAUCCGGCGAAAGAACUCUGAUGGUGCGCCUUGGCGAGUGGGACAUUGCGAGUGAAAACGAUUGUAUUGAAGAUCAGUGCUCCGACCAGCCGGUUGAUUACGACGUAGACACUUUUGUGCAGCAUGAGGAUUACACUUCGGGGCCUACUCACAACGAUGUUGCUUUGGUAAAACUGGCAACCAAGGUUAAAUUUUCCGAAUUCAUCAGUCCGGUUUGUCUUCCAUUGACUGCCACGCUGAAAAGCAAAACCGAGGCAGGAAGAACGUUUACUAUUGUUGGAUGGGGGACAACUGAGACGGGCGUAGAACAGCCAGGAUACUACGCAAGCCGAUUCAAGUUGAAGGUUGAUAUGCCCGGUCUGGACUGGAAUGCAUGCUACAGGAGGAAUCCUAGGUUGUGGAACUCGGAGCUUUGUGCCGGUAAUGAUACGGAGAAGCAGACGUGUGCGGGAGAUUCUGGAGGUGGAUUGACGAUCGCGGAUAAAGAUGGCUAUUGGUACCAGUACGGCAUAAUCAGUUAUGGAUUCGGUUGUGGAACGGUUGAUUUUAAAGUGUUUGUAAGAGUUGUGAGCUUCUUGCCGUGGAUUAAGGAGACUAUUAAUCGAUUAAGUUGAGCGGAUUAUGUAUCACUGACUGGUAAAUGAUCCUUUAAGCCCAUUAUAAACGACUGGUGGUAUAUUGAACACUCUCCAUCUUAAUAAAAUUAACAGUGCUAUGAAAACAAUUGAUUCUACACGGAUAAACAAAAGCAUUCAAAAAGCUCCAAUCAUUAGUUUUACUUACUCAUUUAUUUUCAUAAUGUAACUCACUCAUUUUUACCUUUUACACCCCACUCUCUCUCUGACAACAACCAUGGGAAUGAAUGACAGGGUUCAUGAAAAGGAAGUUAAAUGUGAGUUCAAAAAUACUUAAAUCCGGAUUUCAAAGGUUUUUCAGUGUAUGGCUAGUUGACCGUUACGUGCCUGAAGUCCGUCUGAAGAAUUUCAAAUAUACUCCUAAUUUAUUUAGGUACACUACAUUUAAGUGUGCUCGUUUGAAAUAAACAUGACUCAACCCUCUAAUACCCAACCCCGCCUUUAGAAUUGCAACAAUUAACAUAUUUAAAAUUUUUCCUCAACCAUUCUGUUAUAAACUAUCAAAUAUAUCAGGGAUUCCCAUGAAAAUGACUCCAAAGGUCCCCUUAACGAAUUGCUUCAAAAAUUUGACUUUACGAAUUGCUUCGGAAAUUCCUCAAGCAAAUUUAGAGAUUCGUGACAAGCACUUGAUUGAGCGUGGUUACUGGUUCCGCAGUAUUUGCCGAACGAUCUUUCUGUACGAGUAGUGCAGUAGUGCUAUCUGCUCAGACCCUUCUGAUGCAAUUCUGUGUUGUUAAAUAAAAGUAAGUGAACUCAGAAAUCCCAACUUCAUUACGACGGUCUCCAAGGAAACCUUCCCAAAUCAAAUCAUCAUGUUACAGAUUAUUUCAGAAUAUCUUGCAUGUGUUCCUCGAGAAGUGUCGCAAAAAAAUCUUUUACGAAAUCGA